UCGAAUCAGUCUAGCAAGUGGAUUAACCCAGUAACAAUGAAAUUCCUAAGCAUUCGAGUGGCCCUGUGCCUCCUCCUGGCCCUCACCAUAUCGCCCAUUAGCUGCGAUGAUACGGAGAAGGUGGAGAAGCCAUUCUGUCCCUGUCCCAGGAACUUCGAGCCCGUUUGCGGAUCCGACUUGGUCACCUAUCCCAACCGAUGCGAGUUCAACUGUGCACGCCGAAAUGUUGAACGCCAGGGACGCAGUAUGGGACUUCUGAGAGACGGAACGUGCUAAGCCCCCAAUCCUUUCGACACACAAGACAAAGAAGAAUCCAGAAAUUUAAUCGUAUAAAAGUGCCUUGUAUUAAUCAUCAAUGUGAAAAAAUAUAGAAAUAAAUCAGCUUAUCAACCAGAGUA